UUGAAGCUCAUCAGCAUUCAAGAAAUCUGCAAAGCUGGCCCUCCGCUCUUCAUCGGAAGGGAGAACAAAUAUGAGCCCGGCCAGUUAAAGAUCUACCUUCCGAAGAAGCUGCUUGAGUGUCUACCCAAAUGUUCCUCUCUGCCCAAGGAGCGCCAUCGAUGGAACACCAAUGAGGAGAUUGCUGCAUAUCUCAUCACUUUUGAGAAGCACGAUGAGUGGCUGACAACAUCGCCCAAAACCAGGCCUCAAAAUGGCUCUAUGAUCCUCUACAACCGUAAAAAGGUGAAGUAUAGGAAAGAUGGCUACUGCUGGAAGAAGAGGAAAGAUGGGAAGACCACCAGAGAGGAUCAUAUGAAGCUGAAAGUCCAGGGAGUAGAGUGUCUGUAUGGCUGCUACGUCCACUCCUCCAUCAUCCCCACCUUCCAUCGUAGAUGCUAUUGGCUGCUGCAGAACCCAGACAUUGUGCUAGUGCACUACCUGAAUGUACCGGCAGUGGACGAUAGCGGGAAGCCAUGUGGCCCGGUACUCUGCUCCAUCAACACAGAUAGGAAGGAGUGGGCCAAGUGGAGCAAAGAGGAGCUCAUUGGACAGCUCAAGCCUAUGUGUGCUGGGAGCAGCCUGCAUCAGAAAUGUUCCAGUGUCAAGCAGCGCAUCAUCUCAUCCAAGCAGGAGUCAGGAGCAGCAGCAGGAGGGGGGACAACAGUUGCUACCAGCGUAGCAACAGGCCAGAGAGCUGAGGAAGCAGAUGGCACAGAGGUCCAGAACAGCGAUGUGUCAGAGGGCCAGACAGAGCCCGGUCCUGGUGGGGGCAGGAGCAGAGCGGGCGGAGGGGAAAGGAGGAACGGCAGGAUCACCAAACCUUCCUUACUACCACAGAGCAGCAUGGAGGUGUCUUCCUCUACCUCUACCAACCAGGUGGAGGUACCUGACACCACCCAGAGCUCCCCAUUGUCAAUAACCAGUGACAUGGCUGACAGCCCCGCCAUUGCCAUCGGGGCUGGCCUAUCACAGAGCACUGCUGUGUUUAUGUCCGAGGUCACCACUCUGACUGGGGAUUCCGUCUACUCCGCUGGCCACACCCACCUGCUGGCAUCCACCCAUGAGAGCACUGCCACUGGUAUUUUGUUAGCUGUUGCCCCUGACAACCAGAGGUUUGCAUCGUUUCCCGGAGGGGUGGGCGUAGGGGAGGGGGGAGAGUUGGUUCUGUCCAGCUCUCUGGACUCUGCUGGAGGGGUGAGCCUUCCGGAAACCGCUAUGACCUUUGACCCUGAUUGUUUCCUCAACAAUCCCAAGCAGGGUCAGACAUAUGGAGGAGGUGGAGGCAAGACUGAAGGCUGCAAUGGUGAUGAUGGAGGGCUCCACUGUUCUUCUAAUGGCUUUGUGUAUAAUCCAACACUUGUCAACAAUAUCAAGACAGAAGCUACAACACUGGAGCAGCCUCUGGCCACCCAGAGCAGCUAUGUUGGAGAAGGAACUGGCCUCAGCCCUAGCACCACCCUGGAACAGAUGGAUUUCAGUGCCGUCAUGUCAUCAGCCUGUGUCCCAAGUCUGACCCAGCCCACACACCACACUUCCCCCAGCCUUUUCCUCCAGGCCUCCCCUCAGACAAGCCAGGCCUCGCAGCUGCAGACCAAUGGCACCAAGGCAACCCAGGAAUCUGGUGAGUCUCAGGUCUAUAUGGGCCUGUCUCCGGUGCCAACAGAGUCUCCAGUCACCAAUGGAGACCCACAUACACACCUCCACCAAGCCAGCACAGACCAACAGGCCAUGUGUGCAAGGAAUGGGCAAGCAGCAACCGGGGGCACUUUCCCCUUAACAGCAAAGGAUACUUCUGUCGACCAGCAAGGCAGCAGAGGCCAUCAAGAGGUUGGAGCUUUGGACAAGCCCACAAAGAAUGGGGGAGAGUUACUACUCAAGGCCGGAGAUCCUCAUGAGGCCUAUCCGAGUGUUGAAACCAAACAUUAUCUCCAGCCCACAAAUGACACUGGCGGUGGGGAGGAGGGUGGAGGAGGUGGAGGCGGAGGGCAAAAUGAGAUCCUGUGUAAUGGUGUAAGCUUGUCAGGGGCUACCAACAAUUCGGUGGGGGCCAGUCCUCAGUCAAUAGCUGCGGGCGCGAACAUUGACGGGGCCCUCUACAACGCCUCACUCCCUCAGCAAGGUGGAGGGGUGUCGGCCACGAGUGCCGGGGCCGGGGCAGCAAUCAGCCUGGAAGGAUUCGAGGCGUCUUUUGGGAGCCAGUUCUCUGAUCUCAUCAAUGAUUUCAUCUCAGUUGAGGGCUCUGGGGGUGGGGUGGGCGCAGCGGUCUCUGGGGUUCUGAUGCCCCAGGAAGGGGCAGCAGGAGAGGAGCCGGGUGCAGGAGCUGGCCAUCUGCAGGCUUCUGAGGUGGAACAAGGAGCGCUGGGACUGCUGCAGGAGACUGGGAGGCUGUUUGGUGUGACAGACUACUCCCCAGAGUGGUCUUAUCCAGAGGGUGGAGUGAAGGUGUUGAUUACAGGUCCGUGGCUGGAGUCGAGCAGCGAGUACAGCUGCCUCUUUGACCACAUCAGUGUCCCUGCUGCCCUCAUCCAGCCCGGGGUGCUGCGCUGCUACUGCCCAGCCCACGACACAGGACUGGUGAUGCUGCAGGUGGCCAUGGGUGGUGAAGUCAUCUCUUCUUCUGUGGUGUUUGAAUAUAAGGCACGUGACCUCCCUGCCCUGCCCUCCUCUCAGCACGACUGGCUGUCCCUGGAUGAUACCCAGUUCAGGAUGUCCAUCUUGGAACGUUUGGAGCAGAUGGAGCAGAGAAUGGCUGAAAUAACCAAUCAGAGCCCCAGCUCAGAAGCCAUGGCAACCAAGGGCGGAGGAGUGGAGGGGGGAGGAGCCACUGAUCAGCAGACUCAAAUGUCUCCUGAUCAGGGUACCUUUGAGGGUCGGGUGGUGGUGGUGUGUGAAAAGAUGAUGUCUCAGCCGUGUUGGGCUUCUUCUAAUCAACUCAUCCAUAAUAAGAACUCUAGAGGAAUGACCUUGUUGCAUCUGGCUGCAGCUCAGGGCUAUGCAGGGCUCAUCCAGACACUCAUUCGGUGGCGAACAAAGCACGCAGACAGCAUUGAUCUCGAGCUAGAAGUGGAUCCUCUCAAUGUUGACCACUUCUCCUGCACCCCGUUGAUGUGGGCAUGUGCUCUGGGCCAUACUGAGGCAGCCUUGGUGCUUUACCAGUGGGACCCAAGAGCUCUAGCCAUUCCUGAUUCGCUGGGACGACUGCCGCUGAACAUUGCCCGAUCACGGGGCCACACUCGAUUGGCUGAGCUCUUGGAACAGCUGCAACAGAGUCCUCAAACUCAGGGCCAGCCUCCAGAUUCUUGGAUUGACAGGUGGAGGGGAACGUCACAGACAAGUGGAAUAAGCAAAAGCUCCAGCCCUAAUCCAAACUCAGAGCUCAGGAGAACCAGAGCAGAGAGUCAACCAGACAACCAGAACCAGAGCUGGAGCCAAACUGGACAAAGACCCUUGCAGGGAACCCCAGGAGAGCAAGGAGGUCCACCCCCAACGAAGAGACUCAAACCCAGCCCUGAGAGCCAGCUACAGCUCACUAACUCAACCCCUGGCAUCAACUCCCUCCUCAACUCUUCUCCGAGUCCUAAUCCUCAAUGUUCUCCCCUCGCUGAGACCCUACAAACUAGAUCUUCUAACCUGAGCUGUCAGAAUGCACCUCUCUCCAGCCCUGGCUGGCCUCAGUUCCCCAGUGCCCCAUUCUCCCACCUGCAGGCCAGGAUUGGGGGUUCUGGAGGGGGCACCAGGUGGAACCUGAGACAGACUCUUGGGCAACGUAGCCUUGCCAGGCGGAUCCAUGGAAAAGAACGAUUGGCCAUCCACCUGCGUCAGAGAGUGCUGUCACACAGGGGGGAGGAGACAGAGUUGCUGACCUAUCAGGAUAAUGUAGAUGACCUGCAGGUGGACAUUACUAUGUUAGCUGAUCACAUCAUGGAUGCUUCAGCUGGUAGGCUGAAGCAGACCAUGGACACUGAAAGAGAUUCUGGGAAGGUGGGGAUCAGCAGUGACGUAAGGUUAUUGUCUGGGUACCUUGAAGAAGUAGAAAGGUUUCUAAAAUCCAAGCCCCAGACUCCUAGCCCCAAACCAAAAUCACUCUCAGGGCUGGAGGAUCAGCAGAGUCCUCAUGCUAACCAAGCCCCGUCCUCCCCUUUUGCGUGGAGCUCCUUCCUCUGUGCAGCUAUGAAAGAGGAGAGGUUGAAAGCUAACUCCUCCUGUCUAGCCAUGACUGAAGCAGAGCAAAGAGAGCUGUAUGAAACCAUCAGGCAUGCUCUGCACUCUCUCAGAAAACACAAGGGUCCCAUUCAGGAACAACACAAAAUUGCAACAGUGAUUCAACGCUGCUAUAAAAAAUACAAGCAGUAUGCACUUUAUAAGAGGAUGACCUUAGCCGCCAUCCUGAUCCAGAGUCGUUUCCGAAGUUUCCACGAACAAAGGAAGUUCCAGCAGAGUCGCAGAGCAGCAGUCCUCAUCCAGCAAUACUACCGCUCCUACAGGCACUCCCUCAGCAGCCUCCUAACUAAAAAACAGAACCAGGCUGCUCGCAAGAUCCUGAGGUUCCUGCUCCGCUGCCGUCACAGCCCCUUGAUGGACCAUAGGCCUCUGAAACAGGGCCAGAGAGCAGAGAAAGGCCAGGGGUCCUGAGAGCCCACUGCCAGGCCCUGCACACGGCACCCUCAGCCUGUGAGCAAACUAUUAAAUCCCCCCCCCUUCCAUCUUUUACUCUCCUACACUCUCGCCAAACUCGCUCUUUUUUCCAUUUCCGAGUCCUUCCUCAAGCCCUCUCAUUUACUCCUCCCUUUUCCCACCCUCCCUACCCUCUUCUCUCAAGAGGGGAAAUACUCUCCCCAGACAGACUGAGGACAGGAUAGGUGUCCAUCAUGGCAGCUCAGACAGACAGACUGCUGGGCAGAGCCCAGGGACCUGGCUCUGCCCACAGCACUGAUCCUCCUCCACAGUUUCACUGGGAGGCCAUCACAUUAACCUCAUGGCAUUCUUUGCACUCUUCAUGGGUAUGUUUCUUUGCAAGAGCAAGUGGACGAGUCAGACCAGAGAAAGAGAGGAAGUGCCGGCAGAUGGCAUCCCGCUGUUCAAGCCAACAGCUGGAUGUGCUGGAAAGCUCCAGUGAAGAACAGCUGACUCAAGAAAAAGGCAACUUUGACAUGCAGAAAAAUACACAAAACCUCUCGUGUUUUGUAUCCAAACAGAAAUCCAUGAAAGAAUAAGAAAACACAAACCAAAAAACUCACCUCUAUGUUGCAUUUGCAUGCAAGAUUUUUCGCUUAUUCCUCCUCUCCAUCAUCCUGAGCUACAGUGGCAAAUCAUUCUGCUGAUGAAGUAUUUCACGAGACCAUCAACCACUCACAGGCUUACAAACCUAUUGAACUGUCACCCAAUCAAAAGGGGAGGAACUGCACUUGAAUGUAAGGGGGCAUUGUUAGAUAAAGGGAAGUGGUUUGAAUAACGAUGUCUUAAUUUGUUACAUGGACUUUGUAAGGAGUCGUUCUUAGAGGCAGCAUUUUGCUCGCCUGACGUGGUGUGUCAGUGUUUGUUCAAUUCAAUGCAUGUGUUUGAGCUAUGAGCUCCUGCAUGCUUGCCAAACUGCUUUAGUGUUGUUUCUUUUUGUAUUUCUAUGUGUAAUUGUGUCUCACUUAUGUCUCCAUUAACUUAUCCUUGCCCUGUGUAAUGUGAACUGUGUAAGGACAAAUUACUUAUUUUGGGUGCUUUUUUUAAAAAAAAAUUAUUUAUUUAAGGGUCUAAUUAUUUCUUUAACUGGCUCAAGAAUGGUUUAGCUUGAGACUGGUUUCCACCCCGUGUGAUAAAAAUAUGACAUGUUCCAAUGGUUAAAUGUCUCUGUUAGUUUGUUCUGCGUGAACCUCUAAAUCCUAACUGUGGUUUUGAGGAGAGAGUCACAUACCAUUGCCUUGACUUCUUCUUGACUCUGAGAGGUCUCUAUGCUUGCUCUGUACAAGACAUGGGUCCUAUACCUGCCCCUAUUCAGGGCACUGGUCCCCAUAUUAGCCCAUAUGGGCGAUCAAAUCCAUAUUUUGGACUAUUGCAUAUUUCUGUAUAUAAACUGACGAGGUAAGGGGAUACGAGGACCCUGAAACUUUUUCAUAAGAGGACUGUAUUUAAGAUUAUAAAUUAUUUUACUCCCAUAAUGAAAACUUUAGACAGAGACCUGGGUACACAGGACGGCUGUAUUGCUUGUAAAUAAUGUAGAUACAAACGGAGCAAUGUGCAUGAGAUUUAAGACCAAGAAACAGCAAAAAGAACAUGUUAGUGGCUAUGGACUGUGAGAGGAUUUUAACUGCUUAAUUUUAAGACUAUCCAGUAUAAAUGUUACUGAAAAGAACAUUUUGUUAAAGCAUGCAACUGAAAAAAAAACUAAUGUUAGAAUAAUAAGUGGGAAAACAAAGUUAGCUGAAACUGAUCUUUCAGACAAAAACAUUUACACUUUGUGCUUUUCUUUCUUGGCUAGCAAAAAUUAAACCCUUUUUGCCAGUAGUGCCAAUUAUUAUGAAUGCUAUUUUGCCUAACAAUACAGUAUGUUAUGUGGGGGAAACCAUUACCCAAAAGAUAUCAGUGAGAUUCACAGAGGCAGCACACACAUUGACAUUAAACAGUAGAUGAGAUCUAGUACUAGUUCAGCCAUAGACCUACAGAAACUGAAGUUUGUCAAGGGCAGACUUUUUUUAUGUAGACGAUGAUGCAAUGAUGAAAUUGAAUUUCAGUGGUGACAAUGACAAAGAUGUUUAAAUGUGAAUGCAAUGACUGAUGACCCAAAAAAGAUAACUGGAAGAAGUACAUCUUUACUAGUUGUGCUGCAUCACCAUACCAGCUUUUCUCAAAACCAUCCAACACCCACAGUGGAUCCAGCCUGGCCUCCAGUUCCCAUGUUCUAUCAGAAUGUCUCUUACCCACGCUGUACAUUUCAUUUGACUUUUUUUAUUUGAUUUGAAAAUGUUCUCCCGAUUGUGACUGCCAUAAUUAUAAAACAUGUAUCUUAAACUUCUUGAAAACUCUGUUUAGAAAGUGCCUGCUCAACAACAGAGAACUAUUAUCAGGAACAAAUCUGUUUUAGGUCCUCCAAAAAGUUCCCAUGUACCCAUUUAUUUUCCCAAAUUGCGUGUUAGUAAUUAACUUGAAAGCGUUGAAACUUGAUCUGAUUCUUAUGUGUCUGGAAUGAAUGGAUACUCAUGGGCAGAUUGAUGCUAGGUAUUGUUUCAUGGAAGUAAAGAGGACGGUGUCACUAUAUGUUCCACCUCUGUCUAUAUUUUAGCAGUAUUAGACUAAGGAAACAGCUACUGCUUUUGUGUGUGAGAGGCACUAUAACAAGUUGGGAGGACAUGAGUUGUUUUUUUUCUCUCUCUCUAAUUUUGUCUGCUAUUUUACAAUUAUUCCAUUUCUGGUUAAAUCACAUGGUAAAAUUAAACAAUAGCUGGGCAGUUUUUGGCAGAUUGAACGGGUUUCGCAAACAUUUAACUCUAUCUUUAUCUUUUUCUGUCUCUCCCAUUAUCACAGAACCACGUACCAAACACGGCCAAAACACAAAAAAAUACAUCCUGGCUUACACCCAUACGCACACAAAUUGGCCACACUCGUUCUCUCGUGUGCUUAAGUCUUUGGGAACAAUGAAAGCUCUCCCUUAGAUUUUACUCAGGGUUGAACAACAGGGAGAUGAUAUGUGGAGUGUAAUGACUGCUGGAACGGAGCUUUACUACAGCGGGUCACAGUGUACAUUCAGAUGUACAUAUGGAUAUGGACAAAGUUAGGGACACUCCAGUUGACUAUUCAUUAUUCAGUACCAAUCAUCAGUCAUCUUACGUUUGAUCCAGUCUUGUAUUUCAACCUUGGAUCAGUUUUCUACAGGAUCAAAUUUAAACACCUUAUUUUAUAGACAGCAUCUUGGGAAAAAAAAUAAUCAAAGUAAGUGAUAGCUAAAUAUAUUUAUACAAUUGCUCUUUUCUUGAAUAUAUAAAAAAAAUUCUUACUAUGGGCAAUUUUUAAAUAAUUCAAAAAUAGAGAAUGGGCCUCUAUCACUUUAAAAGCUUGAAAUAUUCAAAGAGAUCAACUGGAUCAUCGUGUCCCACUUGUUUUUAGACUAUUCAUCAAAUUGAGAGACAGCCAUGUUAGAGACAAAGCUAUCAGUAUCAUUCAGACAACACAACUUAAGCCUCUUCUUAAACUGCCCCUCCUCUAACAUCAGCACAGCUACAGACAGGUUCUUUGGGCUCCUUUACAUAUCAUGUAGAUGCACACAAAGUCACACACACCAACAAAAUGCCUGCGCUCACCGAAUUCCACAAUAACACAUCCAAUUCUACCGCAUACUGCAGACAAAUCCAUCAGUGUUUUCAUGUUUCAGAGAGGAUGGUGUCAGUUAAAAGUAGAGUAUGUAGUGUAGAAAAGGUCAACCAAAAGAGAAAAAAAUAAACAAAUGUUGACUUAGUAGACAGAUAGACAUAUACAGGGAUGGACUUUGUUCUCAAAAGUCCACCGAAAAACGAAUGGUAUAACCUUUUGGGCCUUGUUUAAAGAGGGCGUGGCCAAACACGACAUUGCAUGCUACAAUGGUAGACCCUUAUAGAUAAUCUAUGGCUAGACCUCUCCUUGCCUUCCUCCUCUUUCAACCCGUCUUCCCUUUUCUCUCUCAUCUCCUGCUGUAUUCCCACCCUGCCUGCUGUUGUGUUCUCCAUGCCUAUCUCAGUCUCUCAUCCCUCUUUUUUUUGUAGCCUAGUUUCUGAUUCUUUUUUGUUUGUUUUACAAACAUGCAUGCACAAGCAUCACUAACUUGUUGAUGUUUUUAAAAGAAUAUUUUGUUGCUGAGGCCAUGCAAAGUGUUUUGAAUAUUGCCCUUAUAUGUGGAAUAUGUCUUCUGAAUGCUUUACAUAAUUUCUGCUGUAAAAUGAAAUCAGAAUAAAAAGAAAAUUUGCACUUUAA